UGCCAUGGCGACUAGGAAACGUCAUUUAUAAACGUCAAACGGACUUUUACCGAAACGAAAUCUUGCCACUGUAAAAAUAUGACUCAUUCUUGAACUAUCUUCUUCUAGAGAUGGCAGAGCCCCGGUGUGAGGAUGAAGGUAUCUUAAGGGAGUGGGCCCCUCUAAGCAGGCUACUACGGGAAGUACCACUGACUGUACGCCGAGGACUGUAUUUUGAAAAUGUCAGCCUAACAUGUGUUGAUGCAUUACCGGAGUAUUUGGCAGUUGGAACAAAUAUAGGUGUCGUGUAUUGGUACAACCGCGAGAACCAUAAUCUGCAAAGAUUGAGACCUGAGAAAAACACAUUCAAAAUAACAUGUGUGAAACUUGUGUCGUCCGUGGAUUAUAUGGUGGCGGCGGGGGAUGAGAGCGGAACCGUCACAGUGUUUAGGAUUCCAAAACCUACACCUGAAUGGAUCAAAUCCAUUUACAAACAAACCACCGCCUCUACGAAUGUGGAGAGAUACACAGUUGGAGGUUUACACUCUACUCCAGUGACAGCGCUAGAGUGGAGCACCAACGGACAGAAACUGUUUAGUGGUGAUGCCACUGGCCUAGUAGUACUUACAGAGAUUGACUUCUACAUGAACCUGAGCAAGGCGUGCGAGAUCCUGAAUGAGAAGUACAGAGUGGUGCAGCUGAGCUACAAUCAGCAAUGCCAGGUGUUGGUGGUAGCCACUGAGUACCGCUGUAUAUCAGCACAUAGACCAGACAGUGGCUCUUGGAAGGUGGCUCAGGUCGGCCAGCAGGAGAGACGCAGAGUGGUACAGCUGAGCUACAAUCAGCAAUGUCAGGUGUUGGUGGUAGCCACUGAGUACCGCUGUAUAUCAGCACAUAGACCAGACAGUGGCUCUUGGAAGGUGGCUCAGGUCGGCCAGCAGGAGAGACGCAGAGUGGUGCAGCUGAGCUACAAUCAGCAAUGCCAGGUGUUGGUGGUAGCCACUGAGUACCGCUGUAUAUCAGCACAUAGACCAGACAGUGGCUCUUGGAAGGUGUCGCAGGUCGGCCAGCAGGAGAGACGCAGAGUGGUACAGCUGAGCUACAAUCAGCAAUGCCAGGUGUUGGUGGUAGCCACUGAGUACCGCUGUAUAUCAGCACAUAGACCAGACAGUGGCUCUUGGAAGGUGUCGCAGGUCGGCCAGCAGGAGAGACGCAGAGUGGUACAGCUGAGCUACAAUCAGCAAUGUCAGGUGUUGGUGGUAGCCACUGAGUACCGCUGUAUAUCAGCACAUAGACCAGACAGUGGCUCUUGGAAGGUGUCGCAGGUCGGCCAGCAGGAGAGACGCAGAGUGGUGCAGCUGAGCUACAAUCAGCAAUGUCAGGUGUUGGUGGUAGCCACUGAGUACCGCUGUAUAUCAGCACAUAGACCAGACAGUGGCUCUUGGAAGGUGUCGCAGGUCGGCCAGCAGGAGAGACGCAGAGUGGUACAGCUGAGCUACAAUCAGCAAUGUCAGGUGUUGGUGGUAGCCACUGAGUACCGCUGUAUAUCAGCACAUAGACCAGACAGUGGCUCUUGGAAGGUGUCGCAGGUCGGCCAGCAGGAGAGACGCAGAGUGGUACAGCUGAGCUACAAUCAGCAAUGUCAGGUGUUGGUGGUAGCCACUGAGUACCGCUGUAUAUCAGCACAUAGACCAGACAGUGGCUCUUGGAAGGUGUCGCAGGUCGGCCAGCAGGAGAGACGCAGAGUGGUACAGCUGAGCUACAAUCAGCAAUGUCAGGUGUUGGUGGUAGCCACUGAGUACCGCUGUAUAUCAGCACAUAGACCAGACAGUGGCUCUUGGAAGGUGUCGCAGGUCGGCCAGCAGGAGAGACACAGCCUUUGUAGAGUUGGAGCAACGUUUUUCGUACAGCCUCAGAAACCCUUAGAGCGAACGAUAUACUCAGGAAGAGCUGGUCUACGCUUCUGGCAGUCAGAUAGUAGCGGCACUGUGCACAAAACUUUGAUCUUCAAGGACGCAAUAAAGAAGCCGCACCAGCUGAUUCGCCUGCUACACCCCCCUCCUGUGAGGGAAGGGGUUGGGGGCUGGGAGGGAGAGCUUGGUGUAGUGAUGCCAUGGAAGGGACUGUACCUGGUAUCUCACAACUCUUCAGGUCUAGUGGUGUUGGACCCGCAGCGUAUAUCAGUAGUAGCCUGUGUCUAUGGGUUGACGGACGUCCACUCUAUGGCUGUGACUGCCUCGGAGAUAUUCAUUAUUGCCGGCUCACGCAACAUCAUGAGGCUCUCUUAUCUGCCUGAUGUAUAUGGAGGAAGCCAAGAAGAACCUGUAACCUCGCUGUUUGACGAACUGAAAGUGUCUCCUGUUACCGAAACAUUUUUGGAUUUGACGUCUAGAUUGAAACAAACGGCAAACGAUUUAGUGAGCAAAAGACCAGUCACUACUGUAAGUGGGACACUCCUAGAAGAGGAUGAGGAAGGUACAGAUGCGCUAGACUCCUUGGACCUCCCACCAGUCCUACCCGUGGAGGGUGAUGUCCUGGAGCUCACCUUACAGAAGGACCCAAGGACACUGAAACUGGACGAGAUCGGGAAACAAUCAUUUGACGACGUUCUCUACUCCUCAACUCGCAAGGUCAAAACCAAAAACUCAAAACAAAGUAAAGCCGUAAAAGCUUCAAACAGUAACGUUGCAGCACCAGACACUUGUUCCGACACAGCCAGUGUUGCGAGUGUCAGAUCGGGGGAAUCAGAGGAGAGCGAGUCUAACAACAACAACAACAACAACGUCGGGGAACAGCCCCGUUUGUCGUUGGAUCUGGUGUCAAGUUCAACUCUCUCAGCUGCCAUCCCUCCCGACAUUCUGCCUGAUCUUAGGAGUCCAGAUUCUAUCAUGAAGGACGUCCACGACAAAGAAAUCCUUGUUGCCAAAGCAUUUAAUUUAGAAGAAGUCCUAUUGGCUGCUGAAAAACACUUUGAAAAAGAAGAGAACGAGACUGAGGGUAUCAACAAAGACUGUCUGCCGGAGCUGUUGUCUGGAGUAAAACACAUAGAGGAGACUCUGAACUACGGCCCUCCCUCUGGCAGCAGUAGUGCCAUACCUUCCCUAGAGGCGGGCAAUAACACAGUGCCACAGUAUACGGUGCUCAGACAAGACAGCAUAGACCACCCUCUAGCUGACGAUGUGUGCGGCACUGUCACCAGCGACGACACAUUGACAUUGGAUUGUAAUGAUGGCUGGUGUCAGGUGACCACUCCUGAGGUAGCUCAAUAUGUGAGUGUGUGUAGAGACUACGUAGUGAUGAGUGGGCCGAGCAGGACACUACACUCCACUACUGUGCCACCCGCCUCCCCUGCCCGCUGGUCUAGGCUUGGUUACCGAGCCAUGGACGUACUGCUUUCACCGGAAGGGCAGCUUGUGUGGAAGCUGGACUUUGAUGUUGCAGCUGCUCUACUAGAUUCUGAUAAUAAUGGUACAGCUGGUGGUAACUGGGAGAUCGCAGCCAGGGGGGUGGAGAGUGUAGCACUAGGCAGUGAUGUCGCCUGGUACGUGUCUAGUGGACGAGUCUACCUUCAGACAGAGCUUAGCAGUGUUACACCAUACCGAGACGGAAGUCUAGUCCCCUGUCCAUCGCUAGUCACCAGUAUAUGCUGCUCUAAAGAGAUGGUCUGGGUGUUGACCGCUGAUCACUGGGUGUUGUGGCGUGCGGGUGUGACUCCCGACUGUCCCGAAGGGUCUCAUUGGCAGAGAGUGGACACACCCGGACACGUUCAAGUGGCAGAUAUAGCGCUGGGACCCUACAACCUCGGCUGGCUAGUGGACCGUAGCAACUCAGUCUACUACAGUGACAACUACAUGGAGGACAAAUGUGUCUGGUGGCAGGUCCUCAUAAGGAAUUACAUGUUUGAGAACAGUUCUCUGUGUCAGAUCAGUAGCAAUAAUAACUCUGUUUGGAUCACAAACAGAAUGUCUCCUUAUGUCUACGUCAACUCAACAGCCAUCAAAGGCCACCGAUGGACAGAAGUUUCUCUGAGGAACAUGACAGCCCCACUGAGAUGGAGGCAAAUCACAGCUGAAGGAGUGUUUGAGGAGAAGGGAUCUCUGUGGUUGCUGUCUACAGGCAAUGAACUCUUCCAUUUGAGGCCCAACUCUGAAAACCUUAAUGUGGUGAAUGUUCCAUGUAGCCCAGAUGAAGUGAUGGCAGUGACCGCAGCUCCUCACGCUCUCUGGCUGCUGACAGACGGAGGUCAGAUCUACGUCAGGCAGGGGAUGGGAGACCAGAAUCCACAGGGAGACCAGUGGCGUGCUCUCAACAUCGAACAGAUUAGUGACAAACAAGUAACUCUGAGGCAUGUCAGCAUCGGAUGUGAUGUCAUCUGGGCUUGUGAUACCAAGGGGGACAUCUACAUGGCUGUGGGGUCUCCCUACCUGAUAGCUACAGAUACAUUCUCCCCAGCCUGGGUGUUAGUAGAAGGCAGACCUCUCUCCAACACAGUGUUUGUCAAGGUCUUUGUCGGUUCAGAAACACAUAUUGUCUGGGCAGUUGACAAUAAAAGCAACAUCUAUGUUCGAUCGGGAAUAUUCCAUGACUUCCAACUGGGGACUGACUGGGUGUUGGUGUCCGGAGUUAAAGCUUCUCAUCUUUCCAUUAGUGGUUCGUCAGUCUGGGCUCUAUCUACCAGCGGAGGUGUGUUCUGUCGGGCUGGUAUCUCUGAGAACAACUACAUUGGCAAUUACUGGUACCAGGUGCCGGGGGCCCUGGGUCUAUUGACAGCCUCAGUCAGUGAAGGGUUGUGGGGUGUCCUAGACAAAGGUGGCAGUCUGGCCGUCUACCAGCCGCAUAUGGUCUCCCUGACUGAAGAGGCCAGGUCGGCAGCAAGCACAGACAAAGACGACGACUGGGAGGUGAUAUAGGGGCUGCCUCUCUACACUAGUGAUUGUUUGAUAGCAACGAAAGUGAAACGAUUGCCUGAUUCAUAGAAUAAUUCUAUGACCACAGACAAAUACACUUGGUGCGAUAGAGAGUUGACUCUCUACCCAAACUAGUGAGCUCAGUAAAAUGUUGUCGUAACUGUUUAAUAUGGUAAUUAAU